CAGAUUCAAAAGUCGCUCGUCGGCUGUAACACGAGUGCGAUGAGUGACCUUCCACCCGUUUCAGCAGCAUCAGCUUCUUCCUGGCGAUUUGUCUUGUCAUGAACGGCCCGCGCACCUCAACACAAACAACUUGCGAAGUGGGGUUUGCAGCACAUCGACCAUGGACCACGCAACCCUCGUCUUCGCCUCCGUAUUUCCCGUCCCGUCCCUCUCGCACACAACGCCUACGCCGGUCGCAACACCGGAUCUCGGACACACGGCGCCUGGAUCUUCAUUCGGAGGCCCGUUCAUUGGCAAUGCGGGUGGCGCACAGCAUCGCGCCGUGAAACGGACUCAGGCCUGGAGCACCGCGACACGCUUCUUGAGUCUACCGAACAAUCCAGGCUCUGGAACGAGGAGAAGCCAACGAAGUGCAGACGUUGAAGGGGCGCUAUAUUAUCUAUUGGUCGGGGAGGGGAAGAGCGAGGAAGGCGAGAAAGGGCUCUUGGAGUGGUAUACGAACGAAGCGCGGUUGCAUUUUGCGAGCUUUGUAAAGCCGGCCCUGAAGGAGUUAUGGGAGAAGGAAGUCGAGUUGCGCACGGCCUGGGACGUCCUAGACGAGACGCAACGGACGCUCGAGCAGGUCCAGAACUUCUACCUUCAGCCCUUCAAUGACCAUAUCCUCCCGUUCCUCCACCAAGAUGCGACGAACAAGACAAUCCGCGCAAGCCAGCUGUCGCAGACGGCCGAUAUUGAAUUAAUGGACGCCGCGAGCUGGAAAUUCGAGCGACACAUUCACGCAGUUUUCGCGCAUUGCCUCCCUCCGAAGCGAUUCUCGAAGACUUUGAGCUAUAUCCUCUAUGAUGCAGGUUGCCGGUUGUUCCGCUUUUACGUACGGCAGGAUGGUGUCCAGCCCAGCACAACACCUGAGAGUACCAGGGAGGUCCGCGACCGGAUGACUGCGCUUCUCUCCGGCUUGGAGCGCGUGGGGCUGGGAGGCAAUAAUGCUCAGAGGGCAUUUGCACAUGCGAUGAACCAGUUGUUGGAGACGUUCAUCGCUAGCCACUACCUGAAAGUGGAUUGGUUCUCAAAGAGGUCAAUCGUACCCGAUCUAAGGGUAUGGGUCAAAGAUGGCUUUUGCCCGCUUGUGGAGCUAGCCAUGGAAUGCUUGAGAUGCGAUGCAAGCGACGUUCAACCUACCGAGCUGAAGCAGUGGCAGGAGAUGGCGCUUGCCAGGCUGGGGAGAGGAAGAGUUGCCAAUCUGUUCGACUUCGUUAUCCAUUGGGACAGAAGCUUAGGGGCGAUACUAGAUCUCAAGGAUUACUUGAAGCUCGACGGCGCAAAACAAUAUCUCACAUCUAAUUUCUCUCAGCAAAUAUCGAGGCGUCUACUACACCCUGGGGCUACUACGACGUACAUCUUAAACGUCUACAUCUCGAUCAUCCGCGCGUUUCACAAGCUGGAUCCGAAGGGCGUCUUGCUUGAACGCGUGGCGCGACCUAUCAGACGAUAUCUGAAAGAGCGAGAAGAUACCGCUCGCAUAAUCAUCUCAAGCCUUCUUACGGAUCCGGAUGACGAGGUUGGUAACACCAAAUUUGCCUCAAGUGGAGAGCUGUCCUAUGAGAUCGCGAUGGAAAUGAAGAAACCCUUUGCGAACCGUGAGGAGGCGGAUGAGGAAUUCAACUGGAACGACCUGAAUUGGCAGCCUCUUCCAAAUGAUGCAUCCCCAGAUUACAAGAAGUCGAAGGUCGAGGAUGUCAUUCACUUCCUCUUGACAAUUUGGGAUAAAGAAGACUUUAUCAACGAGUUGAAGAAUAUCCUUGGGGACCACCUAUUGCGGUGUCAGGAUCUGGAGUAUGAGAAGGAGAUUCGGUUGCUCGAGCUUAUCAAGGUUCGAUUGGGUGACGAGAAGCUGCAAGCAUGCGAAGUUAUGCUGCGCGAUGUCCUAGAGUCAAAACGCAUCAACGGUACCAUCCACGCUACAGGCGAUGUACUGACGCCAGAGGACCAAGGUCAACAGCCAGAGACCCCAGCAGGUCCUGGACCAAGGCAACCUCGACCACACCGUCCUACAUCAUCAGUGCCCUCCCACCUAACACCCUCAACACCAAUCUUGAAGCCACCCGAAGGCCCUACCCUAAACGCCCAAAUCCUCUCCUCCUUCUUUUGGCCCAUCCUCCGCGACGAAGAAUUCCGCGUUCCCGCACAGAUCGAAGCGCUGCAGAAAGAAUACGAAUCGCGGUUUGAACGCAUCAAAGGCAUGCGCAAACUGCGCUGGAUGAAUGCGCUGGGUGACAGCACCAUAAUCCUGGAGUUUGAGGAUAGGACUGAGGAGUUCGAACACUUGACGCCAUGGCAGGUUAGCGUGGCGUAUGCAUUUCAACCGCAGCCUGGUGAGGAGCGGGCUGCUGGUGGGAAGGGCAAGAAAGGCGAGGGGAUUACGAGGAAUGUGGAACAGCUUGAAGAAAUGCUGCAGAUGGAUGAAGGCCUUGUCCAUCAAGCGCUAGCCUAUUGGGUUGGCAAAUCCGUGCUCCGGGCAGUUUCACCCGAUACAUACACCGUCAUCGAGCGGCUCGAUUCCUCCACCAAGGACAGCGAUGCCGCAGCCGCAGCCCAAGAACUCGCUGAAGUGCAGGCUGCCCAGACCACAACCGUCAAAUCCCAAGCUGAUCUUUUGAACGAGAAGAAGGACGUCUAUACGAGCUUUAUCGUAGGCAUGCUGACCAAUCAGGGGAAUCUGCCGGUCAUGAGGAUUCUCAUGAUGAUGCGCAUGCUGGUUCAGGGCGGGUUUCCGUUCGGAGCUGAGGAACUCAGGGGCUUGUUGGGGGAUAUGGAAGGGGAUGGGAAGGUCGUUAGCUUGGGGGCCGAUGUUUGGGGAAUUAGGAAGUAGGAGAAAUAUAUUAGGUUUGCGGGCGAAAGAGGAGGAUUAAUGUACGUGCAAAGUCUGUUCAGGCUUCCGUAUAGUAUUACGGUCGAUUGAGUCGGGCGCUUGCUAGGUCU